AUGUGGAUAUUUAGUCCAUUGAAUGAUAAUUCACAAAUUAUAAAAACUAAUCUUAUAUGGUCAAAGAAAAUUCCAGCAAAAUUUCGAUUUCAUUGUUCUUAUUGCAAUCAUAUAUGGACAUCGAAAAAAGGAUAUAUUAAUAUAUUUAUUGGUCAUCGUCCAUUAAACAGAAUAAUUGAUCAAUCCGGUUAUAUAAUUAAUAUUUAUGAAUUUCUAUUCUCUUUAGAUCAACAGAAAUGUACUCAAUGUAAUUCGAAUAAAUUAAUUUCAGGAUCAACAUAUCCACAUGAAGUGAUAAAAGUUUUAGCAUACAUUCGAAAUUAUAUUACUAUUAAACCGAUAUAUUUCAGUACAACUCAAUAUGGAUUCCAAAUUGAAUUUUUUAAAAAUUCAUUUACUUUUAAUCAACAAAAGUCCAUAAACAAAGAAACUAUUAAUUCUCAGAUCGUAUCCAAUAGUAACGGUGAGACAUUCAAAGAAAUCUGCUCAACGAAAAACGAUCAAUCCUUUGAUUCUUUGAAAAAGUCCAGUGAAAUUUCAAAGUUCAUUAAAAAUUCAAAAAAUUACCCAUUCAAUGAAGAAAGUAUCAAAUGUAAUCAUCGUACUUUAUCUAUUACUGAAGGGAAAUCAACAGUACAAUUACUAAAAGACAACAAUCGAGAAGUUAUUAUGACUAAAAAUAAAUUAAAUAACAUCAAUAAGAAUGAUACAGAUCUUUAUUUAAACAAAGAACCGGUCAGUUUGAAGUGCAUUCCUAAACCUACCGAACUUGAAUCUACAACAGUUGAUGAUUUAAAACAAACUGGAAAUCAGAUCAAUAAGAUGUCAAUUCGCGGAUCGUGUUAUGUUUGAUAUGAAUUCACUGACUGUUAAUAUUUUACAUUCUCAGUAUAUUCUUUUUUGUUGACCAUUUAUCAUAUUCCCAUAUGAAGUUCUUUUACUUUAAGCGCCAUUCAAAUAUGGGAUCAAAAUUAUUUUAAAGUGUAAUAAUUAGACAUAAAGAAGAAUUGAUAAACUUUUAGUCAAAUGUUCUCAUUUCUCUAGUCAUUGUCUAUGUAGAUAAUAGUGUUAUAUCCUAGUGAAGAUUACAUUACGAGUAACCUCUGAGACCUAGUAGUGAACUAAUAUUAUCUAUACAUUCUUAUGGUAUAAAUAUUCAAUAAUUAGAUCAUGUAUAUUUAUAUUCCUCUUGUUAUAAGCUUCAUUUUGACCUAUAAUUUAUUAUUGUACGCUUUACGGUUCUUAAGCUAUGUUCAGUUUAUUGACUACUGCCUCCCACGUUCACAGUCACUUUUUGGCUUUAUUGUGUACAAAUGUUAUUUCCUAUUUUAUGGUGCGUUGCGGUUUGUUUGUUUGUUUGAUAUAUAAACCCAGUAUGUCUGAAAUAAAUGAUUCGAUUCGAUUCAUAUUACAGAAGCUGCUAUUGUGUUCUGGACUCAAGUGGACGGGCUAGGCGGACAUAGGACCAAUAAGGACGCUAGGCUGCUCAUGCCGCUCGAACGUCAUUGGUUUGGCACUGUGUGAAGGUUGUAUAAGUCAUAUUUUGAUCAGUGAAUAAAUCACGUGAUAAAAGCCGGACAUAAAAUCAUAACGAAGAGAUGGUUAAUUAUUAUCAUAUUCUGUUUUACUAAUAGUUAUGUUUCUCAUAAUGAACUGUUGAUUGAUCUUGUAUUUCUUCUGUUAUAUUACUGCUUAAUUUCAAUUGAAUCUUUACACUUUAAAUUUUUCGUUUGCUUUACUGAUUUCUCACAGGUUAAAUGUUAAAUGAUGACUUUUUAUGAUUAACAUUAUUUGGUAUCUGGUUUACAUAGUUGCGGAAAGUAUCAGUCAGUAAUAGAUAUCAGCUUUCGAAACGCUGAAAUCUAUUUUUGUGUCUUGAAAAUUGAAAUAAAGCAUAAAAGUACUUGUGAAGAUGCCACAGGUAUUCGGAGUUUGACAACGCUUUAACCGGUAACACCUGAUAUGAAUCGUACCCACCAAGUGAAAUCAAAAGACAGAAGCGAAGUGGUCCGAAGAUAUAUUUGAUAGGCUAUCGAUAUGUCAAGGAUUGUCUGAUGUAAUCUGGCUAGCGAUUGCAUGGGUUGUUGAGCACGGCGUUACAACUCGUGAUUUGGUGCGGAUGCAUGACCGAGC